UUGAAAGCGGAACUGUGGCGUUAUGGUUUGCACACCGCCAUUAAAACUCCCCAAAAUAUGUGGCGUGAAUACGUUUGAAUUUAGCAGCCAAUGCUGGCCUGCUUGCUGAGAUGUAGAACAUCAAGAACACGAUUAUCUAGUUACUAUUUCACUUAAAAAUGGAAGAGAUACGUCCACUGUUGAGCAAUCAGCCGUGGGAGGGCUCAGAUCUCCCAUCCCCAAACCUGAGACCAAGGCACCAGGAACUGAUCCCAACGCCAUGUGGCCCGAUAAAGCCUUGGUCAGAGCUGUCAUGCUUGGUGAAGCUUUACUUCUGCUUCACCAUCGCCUCUCUACUGGCACUAUUGGCCCUCACACUGACAAACAUCUACAGGCAAAGCAUGGCAACGUACAGCUAUGAGGACGACUUCACUGUAUCUCUCAUCCAACUGGUUGGAAUUUUGUUCUGCAUAUACUACAUCACCAGGGGAAUCCUGCAGGAGAACAGGCAGGAGUUGAUAGUGUUUGUCCUCAGUGUGUUGGUGGUCAUGAUGCGCUCUGUGGUCAACUUCAUGGUGCUCCCUCUCCAGGAUAGAAAGGACCUGCUUCUGGUGCGGUUUGUGUGCAUCCUGUGUGUGGGCGUGGUCCAUGUCCUGUGCGCCACUCUGCUCAUCCAAAGGCCCAACAUGAUGGCCUUCCGUGUGGGCGGAGCUCUGGAGAGCUUCCAGGAGCAGUACUUCCUGAUCAACCUGUGCUUCUCCAUGGUCACCUUUGACCUACAGGCCCAGCUGUGCCUUUGCAUACUGAUUAUGACGUCAGGUACAACCAUGUCCUUCAUGAACAGCAUCAUCCUGGGCUUUGGAGUGGUCUGGGCCUGCCUUACCGCAGCCAUGGGGGCUAUCGCAGUUUUAAAAGAAGCCAAGCCGCUGGUUUGGGUCUUUGUCCUUCUUAAUGUGCCGGAGGUGGCCUACUUCGUGUACCUGAUGUACAGGAUCAGUGUACACUGGGGGCAGGAUAAGACGUAUACACUGGAGGCCGCUGCUGUGACUGGAGCGGGGAUCUCAGUGCUGAUCAAAGGUGUGCUUUUCUGGUCUCUCUUCCGAUUGGCGCGCAGCUUCGGCCAGGGCCUGAGGGAGAGGAUGUUUUCAUCGGACAAGCAGUAAAGUGCCGUCAUGAGAAGAAAGUGGCUACGGUUACACAGGAUGGAUAAGCAACAAUUUCUACAUUUUGUAACAACUCUCUGGUUCUGACCAAUGUUUGAAGUUAGGAACUAGAGGGAAAUGCACUCAAAUGGGCAUUGGACCGGUCUGUUUUUACUGAAGAUGAUUUCACUGCAAGUGCCUUCGGAAAGCAUUCAGACCCCUUUACUUUUCCCACAUUUUGUUACAGCCUUAUUCUAAAAUGUGUUAAAUAAAAAAAUAAAAAUCCUCAGCAAUCUACACACAAUACCCCAUAAUGACAAAGCAUAAACAGGUUUUUAGAAAUGUUUGCUCAUUUAUAAUUUUUUUUGACAUAUUCAGACCCUUUGCUAUAAGACUCAACAUUUUGUUCAGAUGCAUCCUAUUUCCAUUGAUCAACCUUGAUGUUUCGACAACUAGAUUGGAGUCCACAUGUGGUAAAUUUGGAUUUGGAAAGGCACAUGCCUGUCUAGAUAAGGUCCCACAAGAACCCGAUGGUCACUCUGACAGAGCUCUAGAGUUCCUCUGUGGAAAUGGGAGAACCUUCCAGAAGGACAACCAUCUUUGCAGCACUCUUCCAAUCAGGCCUUUAUGGUAGAGGGGUCAGACGGAAGCCAUUCCUCAGAAAAAGGAAUAUGACAGCCUGCUUGGAGUUUGCUAAAAGGCGCACAAAAACUCUCAGAUCAUGAAAAACAAGAUUCUGGUCUGAUGAAAUGAAGAUUGAACUCUUUGACCUGAAUGCCAAGCGUCACUUAUGGAAGAAACCUGACACCAUCCCGACAGUGAAGCAUGGUGGUGGCAGAAUCAUGCUGUGGGGAUGUUUUUCAGUGGCAGGGAGUGGGAGACUAGUCAGGAUCAAGGCAAAGAUGAAUGGAGCAAAGUACAGAGAGAUCCUUGAUGAAAACCUGCUCCAGAGCACAGUACCUCAGAAUGGGGUGACGGUUCACCUUCCAACAGGACAACGACCCUAAGCACACAGCCAGGACAAUGCAGGAGUGGCUUCGGGACAACUCUCAAUGUCCUUGAGUGGCCCAGCCAGAGCCCGGACUUGAACCUGAUCUAACAUCUCUGGCGGAACUAGAAAAUAGCUGUGCGGUGACACUCCCCAUCCAACUUGACAGAGCUUGAGAGGAUCUGCAGAGAAGAAUGGGAGAAACUCCCCAAAUACAAGUGUGCCAAGAAGACUCAAGGGUGUAAUUGCUGCCAAAGGUGGUUCAACAAAAUACUGAGUAAAGAGUCUGAAUACUUAUGUAAAUGUUACAUUUUCAUUAAAAAAACAAAAACACAAUUUGACCUUUUCCUUUAUCAUUAUAGGGUAUUGUGUGUAGAUUGAGGUGGGGGGAGACAUUUAGUCAAGUUUAGAAAAGGGCUGUAAUGUAACAAAAUGUGGAAAAAGUCCAGGGGUCUGCAUACUUUCCCGAAGGCACUAUAAGUUACAAAACACUGUAAACUAAUUAUUUUAUAAUAGCUGAUGAGCACCACUGAUUAAUUUGUGAGUCUAUAACAUGGUUACUUAUCACAUUUUACCUACUUCUAGAGGAUUCAUCUCAGUAUGUUGGAUAAUGCUUACCCUUUAAUGUGCCUACAACACGUACAGUGAGAUGUUAAGUUCUUUGGAGUCUGGAGAACCAGUUUACAAGGCCAAAUGCACAAUGUAACUUCUGAAACAGCUACUGUAUGUAAAUCAAUGCAGAUAUUCUGUACAACAAUUAUCUUUUUAGGGUCACUUUGCUUUUACCAUAAUUAUGAACGGAUUAUCACUUUUACCUUAUUAUUUAAAGUGUGCUUGUUGUAAAAUAAACCAAAGACAAUGUUCAGUGGCAUUCUAAUACAUCCAUUGGAAAUUGUGCCCUGUCUAUGAAAUGGUUUAUUUGAGAGGUUUUAUACUGCUAACUUUUUAGAUUUCUGUUUUGGUGAACAAUAUUAAUAAUUUCAUAUACAGUAGUAUAUUCCUAUGUAUUAACUACUUUUGAUAUGUCCAUUGUCUAUGCACUAUCCAAAAUAUCUUAGUUUGAAAUAGAUAAAUGAUCAUUAAUCGUUGUUGAAAGACUGAACAUCUUUAGGUUUUCGCUGCACUUUAUUGAUUGGUUGACAACCCAUUAUCGUGUUUUUGUAAACUGCAGGUUCUCAAUAAAAUUAUGAAAUAAGGGUUGCAGUAAACUCCUAUAAUUUAGGAAGAGAAGUGAACUGCUGGGAAAGACCAUACUUCCUAAAAUAUUCAAUAAGUAAUAAAGCAUGUUAUGCUGUC